GAAAGUGUACGCGAAAGACAAUUUGUCCACUACCAAUAUCUUCUUGUUAGAGAAAUCUAGAAAGUAAUUAAGAGGACUUUUUUUUAAGAAAAAAAACUGAUGAGAGUAACUGGUCCUGAUUCUUGUGAAUUCGAUAACCCCUCUUUACCAUUAGUAGAAUUAGAACCAUAUGCUCGUGUAAAUCGUGAAUCUACAAAACUAUGUAAACGAUAUCUGAAACGAGACUACUCUGGAAAAAGCAUUUACCAACCGGACUCCAGUAAUCCGACUCGUUGGAAAUAUGAAAGACCUUUAGAAACAAUACGCGCAUGGAAUAAUGUUAUCGAUGGAAGAAAGCCUGAUCAAAAUAUUCAUGCAGCGAGAUUGUCAAACUUGAAACCAAGCUCUUCUUUAAAAGACCGGUAUCCAACUAUAAAAAAGCAACAAGACCCCGUGGUUUUGGAGAAUGCCCGUUCUUUUGCUAAAAGUACUUUGAGGCCCUUGAGCACGGUUCCUUCUCUAGCAUCAUCUACUGACGAAGAGGACGAUCGUACUGAAACAUCAGUGUUGAUGGAAAAGAAAGAGGAGGGAAGACCAGCCAUUAGCUCUGUUCCUAUUUCUUCCGAUAUGCUUUGUGCGGCGGCAAGCAAUGGUUACUUUCGUAAACCAGCUGUGUUAAAUCAAUCCUUGGUGCCUUUAAACUCGGUUGUACAACCUUCACAUAAGCAAGAACUAAAACAUAAACUGAAACAAUUUGUUCAUAAUGUUUUAAACUAAUUGUCUAGAAAAUUUGUUGCUCAAACAUAACGUUUAUAGAACUGGGUUAUAUAAGGCAUAUUGUCGAUUAUUAUCAAUCAGACAGUAAGCAUGCAGAUAUUCGGGAAAUUGGAGUUAUUGUCGUUGCAUGAAGUUAUGAAUAUUACAGUAUGAAUUAUUUAAUGUCAAAAUAUAAAUAGACUUUAUUAUUACACUGUGCCAAA